ACUCAUGGACUCUGGUGGUGGGAGGGGAAUGAUGCUCCGGCUCCUAUCAAACAUCUUGUACAGCAACAAUAAUAUUUGGGGAGUUAAGUGGCUGCCGUCCGCAGCACAGACUCAGACGCAGCUCCAGCGAGGUCGACCUUUCUCUUCAGCAGUUGCCUAAUAUCGAAUAUUGCCUUUUAUGCUGGACUUUAUAUUGCAAACUCUUAGAGAAGUUGCAGCCCAGACUUUGCAGUCCAGUCCAGUCCAGUGCAGGAUGGAGAAGAGGCUGAGGCGGCAGCGCGGCUGUUCUGGUUUCUGAGGGCGCACCAACAGUUCUCUCCACAAUUACGCACAGCUUUUGCAACUGCUGGCGAAUUCACCGCAGCCGAAUAUCUGCGCGGAUUUGUCUGACUAGCAGCAAACAUGGCAACCACCAUUCGUUCCAUUGUCAUUUUUGUGAAAUUCUGUCUUUAUUUCAGACAAACAUUUUCUAUGGAGGUAGACUUCUUCACACCAGUUCGCGUGGAUCCAGAGAAGAAUGAAAUGCAUUUUCCAUUCACUGAGGGACAGACUGUUUUUAGGCUCAGUGCGUUUAAGCAGGACUUUUACCUUCGACUCAAACCGGAUUCUAGUUUUCUUGCAGCGGGUAUUUUGGCCCCUGAGAGUGGCUCCUUAGAGCCCAACACCUCUGUGGUGGCUGACCUACGGGACUGCUUCUACUCGGGUGAUGUCAACGCGGAUCCAGAGUCCUUUGCCGCGGUCAGUCUGUGCAAAGGUCUGAGCGGAGGAUUCUCUUACAAGGAUGUGGAGUAUUUUAUCAGCAGGUCUGAAGACGCAGCUGCAGAGUCUGGAUUUAAAAACUACUUGGACUGGACGCACGUCAUGCGCCGUCGGAGACGCGCCGUGCAGCCAGACGGCAACUUUACCAGCAGGUGCGCAGUUACACCUGAUCCCAAUUUCACACCUUCCCUUGAAAAAUACAAACACAUGGGUGACGUGGGUGCGGAGGGCUUCGAUGAAACUGUGCUGAAAAGCCUGGGCAGGUCGAAACGCUUCGCCUCGGUUGCCAGGUUCGUGGAGGCGCUGGUGGUGGCGGAUGAAUCCAUGGCCAAAUUUCACGGAGAUGACCUGAAGCACUACCUCCUGACCCUGAUGUCUGUAGCAGCCCGGCUUUACAAACACCCCAGCAUUUUCAACCCUAUUAACAUAGUCGUGGUGGGCUUCAUGGUGAUAAAUGACGUCAACAAGGGACCGAAGAUUUCCUCCAACGCAGCGCUGAGUCUGCGCAACUUCUGCUCCUGGCAGAAGAAGUUAAACAAACACAAUGACAAGCACCCCGAGUACUGGGAUACUGCAAUACUCUUCACCAAACAGGAUCUUUGUGGGUCCACGACCUGCGACACCCUGGGGAUGGCCGAUGUUGGGACCAUGUGUGACCCGAAGAGGAGCUGCUCCGUCAUAGAGGAUGAUGGCCUGCCGUCCGCCUUCACAACAGCCCACGAACUUGGCCACGUCUUCAACAUGCCCCAUGACAACGUGAAAGCGUGUGAGGAGGUAUUUGGGAAACUUAAGGACAACCACAUGAUGUCUCCCACGCUGAUUCAGAUCGACAGAAGCAGACCCUGGUCUGUGUGCAGUGCGGCCAUCAUUACCGAGUUCCUGGACAGAGGUCACGGAGACUGUCUGUUGGACCAGCCUCAGAGACAGCUGUCUCUCCCUGACAGCCUGCCUGGCUCCACUUACAGUCUGCACCGUCAGUGUGAGCUGGCCUUCGGCCCCACCUCCAAACCUUGCCCCUACAUGCAGCCGUGCUCCAAGCUGUGGUGCACGGGAAAAGCCCGGGGACAGUUGGUCUGCCAAACGCGACACUUCCCCUGGGCGGAUGGCACCAGCUGUGGCAGCGGGAAGGUCUGCUACGAAGGAGCCUGCAGUGAGAAGAACGCCACCAUGCACAUCAAGGUGGAUGGUCGCUGGGGGAAGUGGGGGGGUUUUGGGGACUGCUCUCGGACUUGUGGCGGUGGAGUUCAGCCGGCCAAAAGAGAGUGUAACAACCCCGUCCCCGAGAACGGAGGGAAAUACUGCUACGGGCUCCGCAUCAAAUACCGCUCCUGUAACCUCAACCCGUGUCCUGACACAGGGAAAAGUUUCCGGGAAGAGCAGUGUGAGAAAUUCAACGGCUUCAACUUAAACACCAACAGACUGAGUUCCUCUGUUGUUUGGGUUCCAAAAUAUUCGGCGAUCUCUCCCAAGGACAAAUGCAAGCUAAUCUGUCGAGCUAACGGGACGGGCUAUUUCUACGUCCUCGCUCCGAAGGUUGUGGAUGGCACGCCCUGCUCCCCGGACACCUCGUCCGUGUGUGUGCAGGGAAGAUGUAUCAAGGCAGGCUGCGAUGGCAAGCUGGACUCUAACAAGAAGUUUGACAAGUGCGGAGUGUGCGGAGGAGACAACCACGGCUGCAAGAAAAUCUCAGGAUUGUUCACCAAACCUGCUCAUGGCUACAACUUCGUAGUGAUGCUGCCCAAGGGAGCGGCCAACGUAGACAUCCGUCAGCGUGGCUAUCGAGGGAUGGUCAGUGACGAAAACUACCUGGCAGUGAAGAAUCAGUUCGGAAACUAUCUUCUAAACGGCGACUACGUGGUGUCAAACGCAGAGCGUGACCUGAUAGUGAAGGGAAGCCUCCUGCGCUACAGCGGGACGUCCACGUCCGUGGAGAUCCUGAGAGCCACCAGGCCCCUGCAGGAGCCCCUGACCGUGGAGCUGCUGUCUGUGGGACAGAUGACUCCACCCAGGGUGCGCUACUCGUUCUAUAUCGCUAAAGAGAGCAAAGUGGAAAAAACUCUGCAGAAGGAGGAGCGAGGUGACAGAGGUCACAACAAUAUCUUGAAGGUCAGCAACAAAGUAGAAGUCAAAAAUCAGCUGAUAAGCAAGAAGCCGGUGAGUCACUGGGUGACAGGAAACUGGGAUGUGUGCACGGUGACCUGUGGCAGCGGCCUGCAGAAAAGGCUGGUCCAGUGUCUGAGUCUGGACGGGCGUCCUGCAAUGGACUGUGCCAACGUUGACAAGCCUGCAGCCAUGAGGGUGUGUGGGGAUCCGUGUCCCCUGUGGGACGUAGGAACCUGGUCCCACUGCUCAAAGUCCUGUGGAAGAGGUUUUAAAAGGCGACAGGUGAGAUGCAUGACGGAGAACGGCUUGAAUCUACCCAGGGACCACUGCACAGGACAGAGGAAGCCUCAGGAGCUGGACCUCUGCAACCUUAAACCAUGUUAGACCAGAUCACACACACACAGCUGGUGGUCUUAAGUUUGAAGGUCAGAGAAAUUUGACAUGAACCUCAGCCCAACUCAGCGUUGAUGCUGCAUUGGGGACUCAAACGAUCUUAACGUCUGCAGGGAAAUCUGCUCUGAGGAAGACGGAGGUCAGGUCUUCCUGUUUACAAAAUAGAGGGAAUGCUGUCAACCUAUAGAUUGAACUGUCAAACCAAUUCUGGAGGGUUUGACCUUCAGUAAGUCUACCUCUACCAGAGACAACCAAAAAGGCCUGUGUUCACUAUACAGGCAGAUGAGAAGCAUUGGAUCUUGGUAAAAUACCAUAUACAUUUGACGAGAAGCCUGAAAGAAAGCUUGUGAGACUCACUGGUAUCACUGGUCACUUGAGAAUUUCCUCAAUUUUUCCUCAAUUUACUGAAUACAAAAGAGAUUGAGAGAACAGUACUGUAUCUUGUACUUCCAUCAACACAGUAUUCUAACCACUUGAAACAGUCGUUAUUGAUUUAAUUAAAAGAAGAAAAAAUUCCUGGACUUUCGUGACCAAAAUAUAAAUACUUCUUACAAGAGACAGUGAUUUCAGACCAAAUACAGUUGUACUACAGUUAAUGUAGGAUAUUUGUUUGUGCAAUCAUAGCCUGUAUUUCGCCUCCGUGUAAUAUUAUAUGUGACAGUUGUUUAUCUGUGUUCUAGAGACAUCGAGCCGCACAUGCAUAUACUGCAGAACUUCUCACUUAUCUCCUUAGACUUCGGGUUGGAGCAGCCAACUUGCGAGCUUCUUGCCUUUUUUCUUGCAUGGUUCACAGUAAAACUAAAAAGGAUAACAGCUAUAUUGUACUUGUAAAAAAAAAAAUUACAUUUAUACAGAACACACCUGAAUCUGUUGUGUGAAA